UGGACAUGUGAAAAGAAGAAAAUACAGAACCUUCCCCUACCAUCAUCCCAGCUCAUGUGUGCUGUCACAACAGCGGACCUGACGCCUCCGCUCCCCAUCUACUCGGGUCUUCUCAUGCUAUCUCGCCUUGGCUGAGGCUGACAUCUUCACUUCACCAUCAUGGUUGACUUAUAAUACUGGGACUCUCCAUUUUUGCAUUGACAGUCGCACGAGUCACACUGCACUCAGCUGAACUGCCCAUCUAUCCUCGCCCUCAUUUCGUGAGCCUUGUCCGUGCCACUAUCUUCCAUCACACGAGACCUCCUUGCCAUUAUGGAGAUGCCUCAGGUCUACCGACCCAUUCCUCGACGAGCUUUUGAGCUCACACCUGCCUCGACCGACUCUUCACACCCUCCAUCACCGGCUGAGGCUUCCAGCCCCGAACUGCUCAUGGCUCAGAAGCCUGACCUCUCCCCAAGUCGCACGCGAUCAAUCCUCAACCUGACUUCUUCCACUCUGCUUGGGAUUUACUCCCCCCUUACCUCAGAUGGGACCCGGGACGAAACAUCGACCCCUUGGGGCACUGGGGCACAGACACCCAGCAAAAGACCCAGCGUCGAUGACUACAGCUACGAUCCAACUGGAGCUCCAGUGAGUUGGAACGGCGAGGCCACGAAACCUCGGUUAAAAGUCAAGAGAAAAGGCUUUCGCGGCUACCUCGUGCCUCUGUUUCUGCAGACCUCACUGUUGUUCGGAUGUGGAAUUGGCUAUGGCACAAUCAUCACACAUCUCCACAAGACUCAACGUAUAACGCCGGUGCCGGUGCCUGAUAUUGACCGGAAUUCUUUGUACUAUCAGGUCUCUUGGGGCGUCUUUGGCAUCCUGCUCGGGAAUGCGCUUCCGCUAGUCGAUUCCUUCUGGCAGAGAUUCGUCUCGUCCCAGGAGAAGUCGGCGAAGAGUACGGCGCUUCAGCCUGAAGCUGCCAAUUCUGCCUCGUCCUCUGACAGUGGACUGGGCCCAUUGUGGUACUCUACCGUCCGCAGCAUGGGGGCAUUCGUUGGUAUUGCAUUUGCAGUGCGCCGGAUCCCCUGGCAAUCGACCCUGCAAGUUGCUUUGACCCUGGCUCUGGCGAACCCUGUCCUGUGGUAUCUUAUCGACCGGUCCUUGCCCGGCUUCGCUUUUUCAGCAGCCGUAAGCACCAUUGGCACUUUGGUCAUGUUGGUGGUGGACCCCAAUUUUGUGCCAGUUCCAGCGAUUCAUCAGCCAAUGGCGUCUGAAAAGUUUGGUGUCUAUACUUGGUUGGCUAGCAUACUCUUUUGCACCAGCCUUUGCUUUGGGGCGAUUGGACGGAGGCUACGAUUGUGACCAACGGCAGCUUCUCAACAGUACUUUUAUUUCGAGAGUAUACCUAGAAUAUUUAAUGCUCUUCAAAAGCCUCGAUUGACACCUGUCCACCCGGGGUUUUCGAGAUAUGAUUUGUAAAGGUUGUUCGGCCAUGAAGCUGCGGGGGCCUUUGCUGGAUUCUGAACAGCUUGUUGAACGACAGCGUCCCCCAAGAU